GUGUUUCCGGUGCUCUCUUUCUAACUGACAUGUUCGAUACAGUAUUUCCUGCAGAUGCUGUCGAAUUUUGCCCUCAUCAAAAUUUGCACGAUAUAUUUGUGGUGGGGACGUACAAACUUGACCAGGAAGUGACGGUCGAAGAGAGCAAUGUAGAAUGCAAGACUCCUCAACACAGACGAGGCCAGUGUCGGGUAUUCAGGAUAGAUGCCCAGUCAAGUGGAACGAACUUCGAACAGAUUCAAUGCUUUGAUCUACCCGCAGUACUUGACAUGAAAUGGUGCCAUAUGUCUCCUAGUAGUCCAGCUACAUUGGGUAUAGCUGACUCUGAGGGGAACAUAACUCUUCAUCAAUGGCAAGAGGUCGGUCUACGGCAAAUUCAAGGCAUACGAAUUGCAGAGUCCUCCGCUAUUCUGUGUCUGUCUCUUGAUUGGUCAAAUAGACGAAGUCCUGGAACAAAUUUGGGCUCCCUGGUGGUGUCCCUGUCGGACGGAUCUCUGAGUAUCUUGCGACCAGAAAAUGGGACUGGUCCUUUAUCAGUAGAGUCUUCUUGGCAUGCUCAUGACUAUGAACCAUGGAUUGCUGCCUGGAAUUAUUGGGACACAAACAUGAUUUUCUCGGGAGGAGAUGACCUACAGAUGAAAGGAUGGGACAUCCGAGAAGAUUUAAUGAAACCUAUAUUUGUUAACAAACGGUUUGACGCAGGAAUAACAUCUAUCCAGAGUCAUCCCUACAUUGAAAAUUUGAUUGCUGUCGGAAGCUACGAUAAUACUGUCCGCCUUUUCGACAUUCGCAAGCCGUCAGUCCCCGUAAGUCGCGUAGACGUCGGUGGAGGAGCCUGGCGAGUCAAAUGGCAUCCGUCAUCGACCAGGAAAAAUGAUUUGCUCGUCGCAUGCAUGCACGAUGGAUUUAAGAUUGUUUCAUUUGACGAUCUGCUGUCUGACGACCCUCUUGGUACGAGCACGGGAACUGGCAGAAUUGUUAAACGAUUCGACGAACACGAAUCACUUGCCUAUGGCGUAGAUUGGUCGUAUGCUACGUCAGAGGGGAACGACACCUUGAUAGCAAGUUGUUCUUUCUAUGAUCAUCUCUUACAUACGUGGAGAGGAUAAUAAUGUUGA